UUUCCAGGAUGUUUUGAAUAACCUUGGCUCAUCUGAGUUGGAUGAGGAUGACCUGAUGCUGGAUCUUGACCUCUCUGAUGACCAGCGACCUCACCAUGCCUCACGGGAGGAUUCGAGUCAAUCCCUUGCAUCAUGCCUUAACCUGCUGCCCUCACCUCUGGAGGCCCCCACCGACAGGACCCCUGGAAGAGAGCCCAAGGAGACCCCCCUCAGGGAGCAGCGAGCGUUGUCCCUCUGUCUGUCUCGUGAUGAUGAAACUUUGCCCGGGCUGGAAGCAUUGCCGUUCAGGCUGAUGCAGCAGGAUUGUACAGCGCUAAAGACGCUUCUGCUGCGGUUACGCAGGACCCUGCAUGAGAGCACUGAGAUCAGUCCUGCCAGCAGCCUUCACUCUCUACCCAUAAGCCCCUGCAGUGAGAUGUCACUCCCCUUUAAGGAUCCUGGGAGAGAAGAGAACCAGUUCCUGCAACAGCAGCUGAAGGAGAGAGACGAGCUCAUUGUACGACUUCAGGCUGAGUUGGUGAGAAACUCAACGAGUUCAAUGUAACAUUUCAUAACUGCCAGUUUUCAUAACUGGUUUCUUUGCCCUAUUGUCAUUGGAAUAUCAUAAUUUCAUGCAUUUAUUUGACAGAUUGAGUUAACAUCUUGUUGGUUUAAUGUCCUUUCCCUCUCCCAAGGCUCGCAUUAGGAAGUUAUGGAGAUGCUGCUCUGCAGUUUCCUUUGACUUGGGAUGAUAUUUGAUAGACUCACUUAACGUGCAGUAAACAGCUCGUCGUGAGCUUUACAUGCACUGUGAGACACAUAAUGUUCCCCAGUCCCAGCAGCUAGGACAGAGACGAGUGAAGGAGAAAUAUGACAGUCCAUCUUAGAUUUAUAGUAGUGGUCUCGAAAAGAGGAAUGGGAUGGCGUGAUAGGCGUGAAGGAGGGGUAGGACGAAUUAAAACAAUAGAGGGCAGUAAAGAGGCUGUAAAUGCAAAAGGACAUAAGGACAUAUAAAGCACAUAAUGUUUCAAACAAUCCAUGACUGAUUUUUAUAUCUCGUCUAGAAUUUGGUGUUUUAUGAUUGGAUGAGAGGAACGAGUGGUGAAGACCCCCCCCCCCCCCC